AGUGGUAUAGCAAACAAUCUACAAUGCCUUUGCCGUAUUUAAUUGGCAUACCAUUUGGUUGGCUGUUGCUUGGCACAUUUCAAUAUUAUGUGUGUAUUGUCAUUUUGGGUGACAGUUUCUUAGACCCAUGGUAUUUCACGUGUGCUUGGAUAGUGGAAUUAAUUUCUACGCUCCCCGUUAUUAUGAUUAUCACGAUCAUCAAAUGUUUGUACGUCCAAGUGGAAAUACUGGAACACUGUGAAAAAGUUACAUGGAUUGGUUUUACAUUUUUACUUUUUCAAGGGUUGGCCAUUAUAAUACUUCUGCUUCCAGUUAGCAAUUUAUUUAAAUACAUGUUCGGCGAUUUUUCACGACCGAUAAAUUUUUUUAUUUAUUGGAUGAUGUUAGCUUUUCCGCAUAUCAUUAUCUUAUGCUUUGCAACAUUUGGUUGUUGUUCAAAGGUACAUACAGUUAACAUACAACCAGUUGGAAAUGUCAUUAAUCAUUGAAGGAUAUUUAGAUCGUUUUCACGACAUUUCCAUUACGCUAAUAGCUGGAAAAAGCAUGAAACUAUAGAAGCACAUUUCGAAACAACUGACCGGCAGGCAGCAAUAAAUAAUGAUAAUAAUAUUGAACUACAAGAACUUAAUUACCAUCCAAUAUUUCGAACUAAAUAAUACUAAGCUACAAUUUAAUAUGUUAGGUACCUACUUAUACCUAUGUUUAUUUUAUCAUAGCAAGCAGAUGAGUAUUUUUUAUUGUAAUAAUAUAUAAAUAUUAUAUAAAAUGUAAAUAUAGUGAGUAUUUAGCCA